UUGGACACUACUGGGUCGAGUAAGCCCAACCGGGUAAGGCGUUUUUCUCUCUCUGAUUCGCCUAUAAAAAAGCGGCGAUUUCUGAGAUUCGGAUCAUCUUUCUCAAUUCGAUCUACUUGGUUCCCUGUGUGGAUAAGGCGACUUGAUUAGCUCAGAAAUAUGGCAAUGAAGGGAGCUGCUGCGUCUGCAAUCCGUGCCUUGGCUGCGUCGGGGAAUUCGGCCUCGGCGACUCUGACCAGAGACCUCCAUGCUUCUCCCGGGAGCAAAAAGAUAGUUGGGGUAUUCUACAAGGCAAAUGAAUAUGCUGCAAAGAAUCCCAAUUUUGUGGGCUGUGUGGAAAGAGCAUUGGGCAUCGGUGAGUGGUUAGAAUCACAAGGCCACCAGUACAUAGUCACUGAUGACAAAGAAGGCCCAGACUGUGAGCUGGAGAAACACAUUCCUGAUCUACAUGUCCUCAUAACUACCCCAUUCCAUCCAGCCUAUGUCACAGCAGAAAGGAUCAAGAAGGCUAAAAAUUUGCAGCUUCUUCUCACAGCUGGAAUUGGCUCUGAUCAUGUUGAUUUGAAGGCUGCAGCUGCUGCUGGGUUAACAGUUGCAGAGGUUACUGGAAGCAACGUGGUUUCAGUUGCAGAGGACGAGCUCAUGAGAAUUCUCAUUCUUGUUCGAAAUUUCUUGCCUGGACACCAUCAGGUCAUUAAUGGGGAAUGGAAUGUUGCAGCUAUUGCCCACAGAGCUUAUGAUCUUGAAGGAAAGACUGUCGGAACUGUUGGUGCUGGGCGUAUUGGCAAGCUGCUACUCCAAAGGUUGAAACCUUUCAACUGUAAUCUCCUCUAUCAUGAUCGGCUCAAGAUGGAUCCGGAAUUGGAGAAUCAAAUUGGUGCAACUUUUGAGGAGGAUCUUGAUGUGAUGCUGCCUAAAUGUGACAUAGUUGUCAUCAACACGCCUCUUACAGAGAAAACCAAAGGGAUGUUUGACAAGAAUAGGAUUGCUAAAUUGAAGAAGGGGGUUCUGAUUGUCAACAAUGCCAGAGGAGCAAUCAUGGAUACCCAAGCAGUUGUUGAUGCCUGUUCCAGUGGGCAUAUUGCAGGUUAUAGCGGGGAUGUUUGGAACCCACAACCGGCUCCAAAGGACCAUCCAUGGCGAUACAUGCCAAACCAAGCCAUGACACCUCACAUUUCUGGAACGACGAUUGACGCACAGUUGCGAUAUGCAGCGGGUGUUAAGGACAUGUUGGAUAGGUACUUCAAGGGAGAAGACUUCCCUGCGCAGCACUACAUUGUGAAGGAGGGGGAACUAGCAAGCCAAUACCGUUAAAACCUGUGUUAAUUUACUUGAGCUUGCAAAUAAGUUCGUCUGAGCUUAUGAAUAAAUUUUUACCAAAAGAGUUUCCAGUUCAGAGUUUCCCCCUUUGUAACAGUCUGGAGAGUAGUUGGCCCGAAAAACCGGAAAGUUUGGAGAGCUGUUAAGAGUGAGAAUGUGCCUGUAAUCUCGUAGACUUCUUUAUCAAAAAUAAAUUAUGUUUUAUCCUA